AUGGGUCAUGUAGCUCCCCCCACAGGAGUUUCACUCCCCUCUUCCCUGGAUCAAGCCAGGAUACCUCGCCUUCCUGCGACCGCGUACUACAUCGCAGACUUCAUAAGUGAGGAGGAAGAGCGUCUCAUUUUGGAUAAGAUCUCGGGCGCACCGAAGCCCAGGUGGAAGCAACUCUCUCGUCGACGUUUACAAACGUGGCCGUCCGACCUGGUCCAAGACAGGCUCCUCGAAGCUCCUCUGCCAGCUUGGCUCGACGAGCCUGUUGUGUCGCGGCUGCUCUCAAUCCCUCCUGCCGCCGACAAGUCCGCUCAUCUCUUUGCGUCUAGCCCACACAAACGCCCAAACCAUGUUCUCAUCAACGAGUAUCCUCCAGGGGUGGGUAUCAUGGCGCACAAAGACGGGGCUGCCUACCAUCCAGUCGUCUGCACCGUCAGCCUAGGAGCCAGUCUUUGCCUCAACAUACACUCGAGCAAGGAGGAUGGUGCUCUUAACCCUGAACCAGCUUUCAGGAUUCUCCAGGAGCCUAGAAGCCUCCUCAUCACGACCGACGACCUGUACACCCAGUACCUCCAUGGCAUCGCAGAUAUUCAAGCCGACGUUGGUCUUUCGCCCGAGACUGUCAGCAACUGGGAUAUGCUCCGGGCGCCAGAGGAUUUUGCUAAUGGUGCCAAUCGACGUUCAAUCCGAACGAGCCUGACAUAUCGAGACGUUCUAAAGGUGUCGAAGCUCGGAAACAAUAUUGGCAAGUUUCUAAAGCGUUGA